CACAACACUUGCAGGUCAAACUGAACCGUAGGCUCAGCUGCACGUGGAUAAAAUCUCCAAGCAAUCUCGCUAGCAUGUCCUUCAACUUCCGGACUUUUCCUGCACCAGUUUUGCAUGGUGAGAAACCUUCAUCAACAUUUUCGGCAACAGUCCUGUUGGGAGAGGACGGCAAACCUGACUCGAGUAAAGUCUGCAAGGAGAAUGUGAUAAACACACCUGGGUGGGUUGCAGGCCUGCCAGGGGCAGAACAGUGGCAAAGUAAGAUGGAGUCCCCAUGGAGGGAGGUGGCAUGGACUGAGGAUCGCAGGGAGACCCUGAUGGAGUCUAUCAGUUCCUAUAAGCCUGGUUGUGAGGCUGUGUCUGAGGCUCGGGUUCUGCUGCUGGGGCCUAUCGGAGCCGGCAAGUCCAGCUUCAUCAGCUCUGUUCAGUCAGUCUUCACAGGAAGAUUCACUAACCGGGCCAUGGUUGGCUCUUCCUCUGCCAGCUUCACUAAAAAGCUCCAGUUGUUCAACAUUCGUGGGCGGAAUCCAAAGCAGCCUACUGCGCUGGUCCUGUGUGAUGUCAUGGGUCUGGGAGAUGGUGAGACCACUGGACUAACCCUCCAUGAUACUCUGGCUAUCAUCAAAGGCCAUGCACCCGAGGGGCACAAGUUCAGUCCUGAGCGGCCUGUGAGAUCGGAGACUGUGGGCUAUGUGAAGAAGCCGUCCCUUAAAGACAAGGUCCACUGUGUGGUCUUUGUGGUGGAUGCUUCUAAAGUGUCCAGCUACACCAAAGGCCUAGGCGCCACCUUCCAACAGCUCCGAGAACACAUCAGUGACCUGGGUGUGCAUCAAGUGGCACUGCUGACACACGUGGACCAGGUGUGUCAGGAAACCUCCCGUGAAAUCACCCAGGUGUACAACAGCCGGAUCGUUCAGCAGACGAUUAAUAAGGCGGGGGCUCUGCUUGGCAUGUCCACCUCCUACAUCGUCCCGGUGAAGAACUACUCGUCUGAGCUGGACGUUGAUGAGAACACAGACAUCCUUCUGCUCAGUGCUGUGGACCACAUCCUGCAGUAUGUGGAUCUGCACUUCCAGGACUGUGCAGCAACAAUGCCUAACCUGUCUCUUUAAAAAGGCUGUGAAAUGCUGUGUAAUAUAAAAAUGUAUAACAUAUGUUUAUCAUGUUUUAUAACUUGCUUACACUAUUGUUAACUUGUUAACAUAUGUCUUGCUUUGAGUAAAACGAAUGUGUAAGAGCCA